UUAGCUAACCCUGCUAGCUCGAGGAGCAGGCGGCUGUCUUCAUCUCUAAACACAGCGCCGCGCGCUCCACGCGUCCUAAUAUCACCUGUCCGGUGUCUCUAAGACACCUGGCUGCCCUUUUAAAAGCUGUUCGGGUCGUUUAUCCGCCCGAUGUGAGCACUUCAACCAGAUUAGUGAACGUGACUAGCCGGACGGCUAACAAAGGGGAUGUGAUGUUGGAAAUUACUACUAUGGUCAGGGUCACCCCAUGAAGCCACACCGAAUCCGCAUGACUCACAACCUGUUACUCAACUAUGGCCUCUACAGAAAGAUGGAGAUAUAUCGUCCGCACAAAGCCAGCGGAGAGGAGAUGACCAAGUAUCACAGCGACGAUUACAUCAAGUUCCUGCGCUCAAUCCGACCGGACAACAUGUCAGAGUACAGCAAACAAAUGCAGCGAUUUAAUGUGGGAGAGGACUGUCCGGUGUUUGAUGGUUUAUUUGAGUUCUGCCAGCUCUCAGGAGGCGGCUCUGUUGCCGGCGCUGUGAAGUUGAACAAACAGCAGACAGACAUCGCCAUUAACUGGGCUGGAGGCCUGCACCACGCCAAGAAGUCCGAGGCCUCAGGGUUUUGCUACGUCAACGACAUCGUACUGGCUAUUCUGGAGUUACUGAAAUACCACCAGAGAGUCCUGUACAUCGAUAUAGACAUCCACCAUGGGGACGGUGUCGAGGAAGCUUUCUACACCACAGACCGCGUCAUGACGGUUUCCUUCCAUAAAUACGGAGAGUACUUCCCUGGCACAGGCGACCUGAGGGACAUCGGUGCCGGGAAGGGUAAAUACUACGCUGUGAAUUACCCGCUGAGGGAUGGGAUUGACGAUGAGUCAUAUGAAGCCAUAUUCAAGCCUAUCAUGGCCAAAGUGAUGGAGAUGUACCAACCCAGUGCGGUGGUUCUGCAGUGUGGAGCAGAUUCUCUGUCAGGAGACAGGCUCGGGUGCUUUAACCUCACCAUUAAAGGUCACGCCAAGUGUGUGGAGUACAUGAAGAGCUUCAACCUGCCGCUGCUCAUGCUGGGCGGAGGAGGCUACACCAUCCGUAAUGUGGCACGCUGCUGGACAUAUGAGACUGCUGUAGCUCUUGAUACCUCCAUCCCCAAUGAGCUCCCAUACAACGACUACUUUGAGUACUUCGGACCAGACUUCAAGCUGCACAUCAGCCCCUCCAACAUGACCAAUCAGAACACCAACGACUACCUGGAGAAGAUCAAGCAACGCUUGUUUGAAAACCUGCGUAUGCUGCCCCACGCCCCGGGAGUUCAGAUGCAGGCCAUCCCUGAAGACGCUGUGCAGGAGGACAGUGGAGACGAGGAGGAAGACGACCCCAACAAACGCAUCUCCAUCCGCGCUCACGACAAGAGGAUAGCGUGUGAAGAGGAGUUCUCUGACUCAGAGGAUGAAGGCGAAGGAGGCCGCAGAAACGCAGCCAGCUUCAAGAAAGUCAAGAGAGCCAAAACCGAAGGAGAGAAGGAGGGAGAAGAAAAGGAGAAGAAAGGUGAGGAGGAAACAAAAGAAGUAAAGGAAGAAGAGAAAGUACCAGAGGAGGAGAAAAUGGACACCUCAAAGCCUAAAGAGGAGUCCAAGACACCUUGAGGUCCUCAGCAGCCAAUGAUGCCAAUACAACUGAUCAGGACGGAUCUUAAUGCAAGAUUUUUGUUUUUGUUUUGGAUAUAUCAUCUUUCCAGGCUGCUGCUGUGGAUCCAUGAAGGACUUUACCUUUGUAAUGAAUCCUCACUCUCUCACAAUGGGACGGGGGCGAUCUUAAACAUGAUUUUCUAGCACACCUUUUCAACCUUGCUGUUUAUGGACUAAAGUCCAUCAGUGUUUUGGAGUAUUGUUUUGUAUGCUUUCCUUUUUUUUUAUCUUAAAUCUUUUUACGCUAUGACAUUUGCUUUUCCCGUGUGAAGCAACUCUGUAAAAUGACUUAGUACAUGUAUGCUUUUAUAUAUCUGAUGGAUUUAAUUUAUUUAAAUCAUAGAUAUUUUGGCUACUCUGUUUCGUCUUUCAGUCCCAUGUCUUUGAAUAUGUAGUUUGAAGCAUGUUUAUACAAUAGAUACUUUUCUGUAAUACAUUUGUGUCACUGGUCUUGCCUGCUAAGGUCACCAAGAGUGGUUAAGAAGGUUGUGUACAUACCUGCAUACCUUUUUUUUACAUGUCAUAGUGUACAUUACAGUCUUAUAUUUUAGAAUGUAGUUUCUUAUGUGCCCUUUACUGACACAUUGACAU